UUGUAUUAUGACUAUAGGGUUCAUCUAUCAACUGACCAGGGAAAAUUCUAAAGAAGAUUGUGAAAAUAUUGAAUUAAGUGAAAAUGUUCAAUCAGAUAUUGAAUUUACUGAUGGUUAUCCAAAGGAUACUGGCAGUGAAGUGUACAGUAAUGCCACAGUAACAAGCAUUAUGGAUAAUAUUAGUUGUAUUGCUACAAGUGUUAGUCCUACUACAACUAUUAUGACUGCUAGACCUACAUUUGCUACUAAUACUGCUACUACUACUACCCCUCCUCCUACUGCUGCUACUACUACAACUACUACUAAUGAUGAUGUUGAUUGUAGCAUUCUCAAUGGAAAUGAUAAUUUACAAAAGCCUGAAAUACAGUAUGAGACCAUACAAUUAGGGUUACAUGAAGAAGGAGAACCAACAUUCACAACCAUAAAAUCAAAUGGUAAGAUGUUACCAUGAAUCAAUUUUUUUAAGAGAUCAAAACAAAAUAUUUUUCCCCAAUAAAUGGU